GUUCACAGAUAUGAUUACACAUUUAAGUCAGCAGGUGUUAUAGUGAAAAUUUCUGAUCAGGUUUAUUUAAUAACAGCUUAUAAAUCGUAUGGCACAACUAUAAUACAUUAACUAAGUAGUGAAAAUAAAGAAUUGCCAAAGUUAGCGGCGGAUGUGCACUUGGUAUGGAUUGUAUGAAUUGAAAAUGGAUCCAUAUUCUAGGAGUAUUAUUUGGAGGACCAAUGGCAAUAUUUGAGAGACCUUUUGGUUAUAGACACAAACUCGAUGACACACAGGCGAUAAUUUGCGUAAUUGAGACAGCACAGGAAGUCAACGGCCACACGGAGUAUUUAUUGCGAUUGCAGCGUGGCGCAAAUAAAGAAAAUUGUUGGAAGAUUUUGCGUCGCUACAAUGAUUUCGCUGAGUUGCACAAAUGCCUCUGCAUAUCAGGUAUCGAUCUGCCCAUGCCAGGCAAACGGCUUUUCGGUAAUAUGCGGCCAGACUUCAUAGCUGAAAGAAGACAAGCAUUACAGGUUUACAUAAAUACAGUACUAAUGAAUCCCAUUUUGGCAUCGUCAUUGCCAGCCAAACGGUUCGUCGAUCCGGACAGUUACUCGCAAUCCUUUCAUGAUCAAGCAGUGCAAAAUGCUAUGCUAUGUUUACGCAGCGAGGGUGUAUGGACAUUGGGUACCACACUUGGUCCAAUAGGUUGGCGCUUACGAAAACAUUACUUCAAAGUUUCACCAAAGCCACCGGAGAAGACUGGAAACAAAUUACUCGUGAAAAGUGGCUCACAAACACAUCAAGGUAAACAUUUUGCCUCAUCGAGCAGUAAUGGCGGCGGUGGUGGUAGCAGUAGUGGAUCAAUAGAUGGUGGCAGCUUGGAUCCUUCUGAAUUAGUUUUAGAAUGGAUCGAAUACGGACCCGACAAAUAUAUAGACGAAAAGGAAAUGGGUGGCAUACUAAAGAGUCUGUUGGGCUUACAGCAUCCGCAUAUCGAGCCAAUCGUUUACGCGGCACACAACGAGAAUGGCUGCAUAGCUGUGCGUAGAUUUUACAAACAAGGCACACUGAAGGAUAUACUUUGUAUGGCAACGCCAAAAAAUCCAUUCCUUAGCAAGUACGGCAAUCCUAAGGGCAGAACGGCAUUAACAAUGAAACAAGUCGCGAUCUAUGGACGUCAAAUACUGGAGGCUUUAAUAUUUAUACAUUCAAAAGGAUAUCCAUAUGGUCACUUACAUGCUGGUAAUAUUGUGAUUGUUGAUGAUUGCGUUAAAUUAUUGGACAUCGAGAAUUACGUUUUGGGUGUACCCGCCUUCUAUCGGCCUUUCUUUGUGCAGCAUAGUAAAAUCCACUCAGUGGAAGCUAUAGAUGUAUACAGCUUUGGGCAUGUGCUGUUCGAAAUGGCAAUGGGCUAUCCACUACAGGAAUCGGUAGUGCGUCAAAUUAACGAAUGUCCCGAAUCCUUAAAGAACCUAUUGGAGAGUAUAUUGUCAAAAGAGGCGGUUAGAGCUGGUUUACCAUCACUACAACAACUCAUCAGUCACCAUUUCUUUGCGCAACAUGCUAGUAGUGCUGCUGGCGGUUUUAGUUGUUGCAAUGAGGAUUCACGGAGAACGCAUUUCAAAUUGUCGCUUAACGCCAAGGAAUUCCUAAAGCAAGCUGCGCUGAAAGCUGAGUUAAGACUGCGGGAAGAACAAAAAUCGGUUAAAAAUCAAAAGCGCAUUGUGCGUGUGCAGGAGAUGAUGAGCUCCGAGGAGGAAAAACGCAAAUCGAAACAAAGAGCGAAACUUGAGCAUAAACAGUCAAAACUGAAACAACAAGGUUCGUUGCAAGCGGGCAACGGGCGUUUGUCACUUUCCGCAGCUAGUGGAUCGGCAGCGCUUAGCACAUUUGUUGGUGGUAUGGCACCAUUCGAGCGCACGGACAGUGUAUUAAGUAUGCAUAUGCCAAGGGAGGUAAAUGCAGCGCCCUCUUCCUCUAACACGGACAUAAAAUCUCCACCACCAACACCGUUCGUGCAACAUAAUGCACUAAAACAGCAGCAGGAGCAGCAACAUUCUGCCACAAAGCAAAUAACGUUUUUGGCAAAUGUCGAACGGCAAGCAUCAACACCAAAUAUUUCCACAGACACCGAGCAAAGCGGUGAUCUAACACGCUCGGCACUCCUGGAGUCGAUUUGUAAAUUUAAUCGUGGCUCUCUGCGUAAAGUGCGCUCUAAUGACUAGAAAUAAGUAAACAGAUUAUUUAGUAUCUAGCAUAUAAGAAUUAAGACAACUAUAACUAUGUAUGUUAUAAAGAGUGGUGAAGAGGAUAACAGCCAAAUGUUCUUUUUCAUAUUGUUUCAUGCACAAUAAUUCCAGCCAAAUUCAAUCACCACCUCCAGAAUAAAAGCUUUUAUAAUAUAACAAACACACUUUCUAAAAUGCAGCAUCUAAAUUUGAUAUCAAAUAAAUAUAGUAACACAAAGUAAACAAUAAAUAACACACAUAUAUGAAUUUUACACAUACUAGUAUCGAUGUUAACGUACAUACAUAUAUGUAAUUUAAACUAAAGUAAGAGAAUGCAACACCUGUUUAAUGUAAUUAAUCCACACUGUACUUCACCAAAUAUGUAAACAAAAUAGAGAUUAAUACUAGAGGAAUUCGUAUAAAAAUAUAGUCUAUACAUAUGUACGUACAUUAAGUGUGGUGUUGUGUUUGUAAACAAAGCGUACAUCUACGCUUUCUACAUAUUUAUCACAAUUAAUCAAGAGCCAUAAAAAUAUGUAUUAAAUAUUA